AAACUUCUCUGCAUCUUCCCAUUCCUCUCACGCGUUGCGUUUAAAACUUCUCUAUAUAACUCUCUUCCCCAGACCCACCAAACCCAUCUCAAAAUUUCACUUCUUAAUCGUUUUUGAAACCAUGGUUCGUUGUAGCAACAAUCUCGUUGGUAUUCUCAACUUCAUCGUCUUCCUCCUCUCGAUCCCCAUCUUAGCCGGAGGUAUAUGGCUUAGUCAGAAAGGCUCAACCGAGUGUGAGCGUUUCCUCGACAAGCCCGUGAUCGCUCUAGGAGUUUUCCUCAUGGUUGUAGCGAUCGCUGGUUUGAUCGGUUCGUGUUGCAGAAUCACAUGGCUUCUCUGGACAUAUCUUUUUGUCAUGUUCCUCUUGAUCCUCCUCGUCUUCUGCUUUACUAUUUUCGCCUUUGUUGUGACUAACAAAGGCGCAGGGGAGAAAAUUUCUGAGAGAGGGUACAAAGAGUAUAGACUUGGAGAUUACUCUAACUGGUUGCAGAACCGUGUCAACAGUGACAAGAACUGGAGGAAGAUUAGGAGUUGUCUUGUUGAGAGCAAAGUCUGUUCUAAACUUGAAGCUAAGCUUAUUAAUGAACCUGUGAAUAAGUUCUACGAUGAGCACCUUACUGCCCUUCAGUCUGGUUGCUGCAAACCCGCAGAGAGAUGCCAAUUCACUUACGUAAGCGCCACAAACUGGACCAAGCCGGCCGGGACACACACUGAUCCAGACUGUCAAUCCUGGGACAACGCACCGAACAAGCUCUGCUUCGAUUGCCAAUCUUGCAAAGCGGGUCUCCUCGACAAUGUCAAGAGCGCGUGGAAGAAAGUUGCUGUUGUUAACAUCAUCUUCCUCGUCUUCCUCAUCAUUGUCUACUCUGUUGGUUGCUGUGCUUUGAGGAACAACAAGAGAGAUGACAGUUAUGGCCGUACCUAUGGUUACAAGCCUUGAAAACGCUUUUAUGGGUUUUUAGGACAGAGAUUUGUUCAUUGUUCUUUUCACAUUAUUGGAGUUUGCUUUUUAUGUUUGAUGUUUUUGAGACCUAUUGCUUGUACAGCUCUCUUAUGAUACUUAUUAGUGUGUUCUGCCUUUUGGCUAAACCAUUAUAUUGAUUUAGUAUAUGUUUUUUUUUUCCUUCAUUUUUCUCUAGACAUAACAUGUUCUCUUGAUCUUCGCGUUGAGGAACAGAGAAUCUACGCUUGUGGCAAUAACUAAACGCCGAUCUUGGCUGUAACAUUGAAAAGAAUUACGGUUGUCUCUUGAGACACAUGCAGCGAAACAAAAGAAGGUAACUAACAACUCAUUCGUACGAUUCGAAUGUGAAUAAGGAACAAGACUAGAAGAGCAUAAACUUGCACAACCGAAGGUAAAUAAAUAAUACAAGUUCUUUUGAGUACAUACUUGUAGAAAAAAAAAAUAGAAUUCUUUUUAGCUUUUGCAUGAGUGUUAAAGAAGCAGAUAAUUUAUAUACUGUUUCAUUAGAAAACCAACUCUGAUGGUUAAUGGAUGCAUCAUACACCAGAUUUAC